AUGCAACGAAUAUCUCCACAACAGAAAAGAAGAGAUCCCAUCAAGAUUCCACCGGCCGGGAUUCAGGAAGACAGUUACGAGACAACCCUGGAGAAGAACACUCAGGAAGAUGUCACAGGAAGUGUUGAUUUGGAUAAAGAUGUGAAUAAGACUAUAGAAGUAGAAGAAUAUCCAGUACCAUCUGCACUCGACGAAACAAAGAAUCCCAGUCCUUCCAUCGAUGAAAUCAUAAGAAGGGCCAGUGCACCAGCUUCAGAAUCAUUAAGUGAUACCAAAAAACUAGAGAUUAUUGCGGCUGUUGCAGAACAAGUUGAGAAAAACCCAAAGGUGGUUGAAGCAGUCUCUUUAAGCAUAAUUCCACCCGAUUGGAAUAUUGCUUCUACCACGGGUGGUCUACUCAUGCUGGACAAAAAUGAGUGUACCACGCCACUGCCUGCAAUCUCAAAGAAAGCUGAAGUACUUGAUAAAGGGUUAACAAAGACAGUGGAAAAGAUCCUCAAUGAAAAACCUAAGAGGAGAAAUCCACCAAGAGUCCACCGGUUGCCCAAACGGUUCAGGUCGUCAUUCAUGCUGCAGAAGAAAAACAAGAAAAAAUUCAUACAGUUGAUAGAGGAGAAGAAGAAAAUGACCCAAGAAGAAGCCCUGUUGAUAGACUUCGCUCUCUUGCAGAGACAAGAAGAAAUAGUUAAAUCAGGGAAUUUCUUCUUUGAAUUUGGAAAAAUCGUUUGGGCAGACAGGACAACAUUCUAUUCCAUGAGGGAACAUGGAUAG